CAAAAAACAUCAAAUAUUGUUUGUUGAAAUAUAAGUACUGACGAAAAUGGAGGUACACGUUUGGUGGUGUAUGUGUUUUUUACUUCAUUGCAAACUACAACCAUCAUCUUUCACAGGAACAAUUUUGUUUUCAACGUACAAUGCAAUUAUGGAGUUUGAUAUUGAUACAGGCAAUGUAACAGUACUUGUGGAGCAGAGUGACACUGUGUACGCCAUGGACUAUGAUUACAAAAACAGAUUCAUCUAUUUUCCGAGACACAUUACCCAUGACAUCGUUCGAUUUGCUUAUCCCUCAAAUACUACAACACUACAGACAGUUGUCCAGUCAUUGUCAUAUCCAACAGGAAUAGCUGUUGAUUCAGCUAAUGAUCAUCUCUACUGGAUUGAUUCUUUUAUAAACCACCUCUCAAGAUGUAAUCUAGACGGAAGCAAUGUAACUGUGCUAUCAACUUUUAUCGAGCCUUGGGUAAUACGACUUGAUGUAACAAAUAGGCUAGAUGUGACAAGACAAGGUUCUUGUGCUAGACAGAAAGAUGUUGGUUCUGGUAGAACACCAGGGGACUGGAGUAGUUUUCUCUGUGAAGAUUACAACGAAACUAAAUUUGUCAAGUUUCUUGCCAACAUAAUUGCUUCUUUAGAGACUAAUAAGGAUAUUGUACAGCUACCCCUUGUAAUCAUGGAGAAGCAGCUACACGAAUGA